UCACUCCCCUCCUCCGCCCCUGGCCCUCGUCCACCCCCUGGCCCGCCCCCGCCCUCGUGGCGUCGACACACGGCCGCGGUGGCCACGGCCGCCACGGGAGGAUGAAGACGAGCCGGAUGCCUGACGUGCACAGACAGAUGGAGGGACGCAUGGAUCCCCUGUGUUUGGGAUGGGAGGGGCUGGUUGUGUGCUCACUGUGUGUGGUGUGGUGGCUAUGCCGGGCAGUGUGUUGUAGCGCUGCAAGGCGGCCUGCAGGUCGGAGGCCAGGUGGGGCGGGACGGGCUCGUGGGCAUCGACCAUCUCGCUAACCACCUGCAGAAUGAAAUGAACCGAGGAAAACACGACACGACAGACACAGACACACACACAGACACAUCAUUCGACGCCAUCCACUUGUUUCGCUGACAGACCUGUUGUGCGAGUCUGAGCAGCUCUCCUCCGCGAGUGGUGCGUGCGGGUCCAAACUCGUAGCUCCACUCGUAGUGGUGGCUGAAGUCGCGCCUCGCGUCGCCACUCUCAGCCCACACCCGACGAACCACACCCCGACGCACCGCCGGCUGCGUCACGGAGACACACACAUCCCACACAUAUAUAGGUGCCUCCAUUGUCCUCUCUCAUCCGCCGCCCACCUAACCUACCUACCUCGCACUGCAGUAGUUGCACGAGAGCUGUGUCCCACCCCCUCUGCAGAGUGGGCCAGAAGUAUGUCUCCCUGCUGCUGAGGGCAUCCCGCAGCGACCGCUCCAGGGUCGCCCGGAACUGAGCGUCCUCUUCACUGACCUCACUCCCCUCCUCAGGCGGCGCACAACUCUGCACCCACACAGGCAACAUGGGACGGAUGGAUGGAUGGCCAUGAAAGAAGGCCGCAUGUGGUGGUGUGUAGUUUUCUUUUAUCACUUACCGUGAGUGCGAUGGCCACGAGGUGGACGCCGUAGGGGAAGAGCACCCCGUGACGCAGCAGCGAGGACAACUCGCAGUUGAACAGACGACGCACCAGCUGCACACACACGCGUUAAGUAUAAUGACAGGCAGCAUACACACCACACACCGCCCCACAUCCAGAUGAGUCUCUCUUCUCACCCACCCACCCACCCACCCACCGACCCGUCGUGAGUCGGCGUCGAGGGUGAGCCGUUGGGUGAGCCGUUUGUCAUUGUCGUGGUUGCCGUGGCUGCUGCCCUCGUGUGUGGUGCCGCUGCUGUGGCUGUGGAGUGGGUGUCUGCCGUCGGCGGCCAAGAAGUUGGAGAUCGUCCGGACGGACGUGGGCAGGAACCGCUCGGACACCCAGGCAGACCGGCGGGCGGGGUCCUCCAAAUGCGACUCACGCACCACCUGCUCCGACCAAUCACACACACACACACACAGACACAGACACGCACAUGUCACGUGUGUCUCGGGGCGGGGGCGGGAGCGGGGGCGGGAUGUGUGUGUGUCUCAAGGAUGAGGGGGGUUUGGUGUACCAUGAGCAGCCGUGUGAAGAUGCUCCUGAAGAACUCCGGGGGUGCGCGGAAGUCGUCUUUGCCAUGACAGUAGAGGACCGUGUCGAUCCAAUACGAGCCCGCCUUACACUGCACACGCACACACACACGCACCACACACAUGGACAGGGAGCAUCUCACAACGCAGAAGACAUGACAUGGCCGGCAGUGUGUGUGGCACACACACACUUACGGCGCAGAUCCGUGCGAUUGUGUCGUCUCCGUGGGCCAGCAGCUUGCCGAUGAGGUCCUGCCUGUCGUGCGGGGUCAUCCUUUCUGUAGGGGGGGUGACACACAACACCAGACGAGCGAGACCACACACCAUGUGAAGGGACAUGCAGACCAGACACACACAUCCAGCCAGCCAUUGUUGGCUCUGUGUGUGAGAGAGAGAGAUGGCUGACCGAAUGCGUCUUGCAUGCAGUAUGUGCCGGCCGCAUUGCUGCAGAUGCUGAAGAUCAUCUCCGCCAACGGCUGACACAACAAGACACACACCCAUAUCCCCGUCUGCCUUUCUGUCUGUCUGUCUGUCUGUCUGUCUGACCCCAUGCACCUCACUCACCUGUUGCUGAGAAUUGGCGCGCCGCUUCCUCUCCUUUCUGUCUAUGCGGGCCGUGAGUCGCGGGCUGAGGAGGGUGUUGCGGAUCGUGGCCGGCGAGGUGAGUCGGCUGCGGAGGACCUCACGCACUAAGUAGUGGAAAUGUCGAUGACGCUGCAUAAACCGACACAGGCACAGCCAUACAGAGGGGAGGGAGGCGGCCAUGUCGAAAUGUCUGUCUAUGGAUUACCGAGAGCAUGGCGAACAGGGGUGGGUGCAUCACGUGCUGAAUGGGACAGAGGCAUGGUGGGUCGUCCCAUCCAUCAAUUGCGUGUCUGUGUGUGUGUGUGGAGUUGUCCUUGCUCACCUCAAUGAUUCUCAUGCGCAGAUCGCGCGCGUCUUGGCGCCUGAGAAUAUGCUGCAGGUACCUGCAAGACGCACACACACACACACACACAGUAGGGAGACACAAGGAUAUAUAGGGUGCAGCAGACUCGCUCUACAGUAGCAGGUAAGGUACCGUGAGGCGCUCUGGUCGUUGAAGAGGGCCAUGUCCCGCAGCAUCACCACCAUACCCUCAAACUGCUCCUCACUGAACCUCCCCUUUAUCAACGCAUUGAAAUCCUGCACACACACACAAUUGAUGGACACAUCAGCAUGGGGAUUGGGCUCAACUGAGUGAGUGAGUGAGUGUGCUUACAUCCAGAGUGACAUAUUCGGCGGGCGGCAGCAACACCGUCUCCUCCGGCGCCGCACCCACAUGGAAGCUCACCCAAUCCCCUCCGUGUGGCGUGGAUGGCAUCGAUGCAGAUCCGCCAUGGCCAGCAGCCCCCCUACCCAUCCCACCACCCCGCGCCCCCCGCCUCCCUCCCGGCCCUGCGGCCGGCGGACUGAGUGUGAGUAUGCGCGGGCCGCCUGCCGACACGCUCGCCCCCGCCCUCGGGCGGGGAGGGCUGGUGUCAGUGACCUCGGGGUAGUCAUCAUCGGGGUUCAUUGAGGGGGCAGUGGUGUUUGUGGUGGUGCUGUUGUGGUAGCGGCGCUCGUUGGCCAGCAUGCGUGUGACGCUGCCGGGCUCCAUCUGCCCCACCAGGUACUGGUCCAUCGUCAUUGCCAUUUCCGUCGGAUGCUGCUGCUGCUGCUGCUCCUGGUGGUGAUGCUGCGACCCCAUCAUGGCCGCAGAAGGGCCGUGCAGCUGACCCGAAUGGGCACCGUUGAUGUGCGGUGGCGACUGGGGACGGGGGUGCACCGAAAGGGAGGGCUCGGUCGUCAUGCCGUAAGAGUGAUAGUCGUGGUGCGGCUGCUGCGGCAGAUGGUGGUGUGGCGACACAGGUCCCGAUUGCACAGGGAAGAGGCGGUGGUCGGGGGACCAGAAGGAAGCCGCCUUCGAACUCGGUAUGGGCGAGUGGAACUCAUUGGCCGGCCCACCAGCCUCCCCUCCCAGGUCUCUGUAGUCGUCGCGCAACAUGCGGCCGCCCAUGGCGCCCAUGCGCAUCGAGUCGGUAGUGCUGGUCGGCACACGGGGCGGUCGCGAUGACGUCAGAGGCUUGGGUGGCUGGCAGAAGCCAAAGGGCAGCCGCUCCUCCUCCCCCUCCCUCUCCCCCUCCCUCUCAUCCUCAAACGCCCGACGUGCCGACAAAACCUGCCUCCUCUCCCACACACCAUCGCCAUCAUGAUCGCCAUAACCGUCCCUCCCGUCCUCCUCCCCGUCAGACCCCAGCCCUGAGAACGAGAAGGGAUCGUGAAGACCCUCGUCUGCCCCCAUCUGCUCGUGCUGGCUCGGUAGUGGCUCUGCUGUUGGUCCUGCUGGCGGGGAGAGGGUGGGGUGAGGCGGUGGAGGGAUGGACUGCAGGUGCGCCGCUGUAAGCUCGUGGGGGCGUCGCAAGGGGGACACGUCGAGAGGCUUCAGCUGAGAGUUGGUGCGAUCCGAUGAUGGGCGGGAGCUGCCAGUGCCGUUGCUAUCGGGGCUUUGCUCCGGCCGCUGGGACGAGCUGCUGGCCCCCAGCCGCCGGACCGUCUGUGGCGUGGCGUCUGCUAUCGUGAUGCGCCUCCACGUAGGUGUGCCGACCCUCUCUCUCUCCCUGUCCUUGCUCCUCUCUGCCACAGCUGCCGGUGCCUGCACCUCUGGGUGGAGCCGGGAACGGUCCUCCUCAUCCGUGAGCAGGAAGGACAGCAGCAGCGGCGGAGCGCUCGUCGGCCUGGGCGGCUCGGGGGGCACGUCCUCAAACCCGGGUGGCGGCUCGAUGCGCUCAGAGCGGGUGUGGGCCUGGGUGCCGCCGCCGUCCUCACUCGGUGGAGGGGUCACUUCGGAGAUGGUGCUCGGGAUGCCGCGACGGGCGUCCUGAGCCCGCGCCCACUCAAGGAUGCGUGGACCGGGGAGGUCGGAGGGCCCGCUGAUGUGGGAUGAUGGUGCCGAGGGCUGGGCUGGGGGCAGCUCGCCGCUGUGGAGUGAGUCCGAGUCAUAGGGCAUGGGGAGGCGGGAGUCGAGCGAGAUGGAGCCGAACGACUUGGCCGAGUCGUGGUGCAUGUGCUCAGACCAGUCGAAGUGACCCGGCUGCUUCAAACGAGCGGCGGGACGCUCGGGGGUGACUGCAGUAACAGAGAGACGCAACCAGAAACGGCCAGUGAGGUUAGGCGUCGGUGGUUUGCUGGUCGUCUCUGUUCUGUGUACCUUGUGUGUUUCCGCCGCUAUGGGGCCCUCGGAAUUCGCUGCUCCUCGACAGCGAGAGAGAGUCCAGCUCCUCGCCACCCAUCAGACUCCCCUCUGCCCACCCCCGCCUCUGCCGCCGGAGCGCCGACUCAGCCCAGGUCGGCGACGGCUGGAACGCCAUGCCCUCAACACCCUCAUGACACUCACGCCCACCUUUGGUUACAUCUUCCACCCCAUGGCCAUCGUCAGCCCUUUCCGCCUCCUCAGUGCCCCUCUCCUCGCCCCCCGUCACCUCUACAGGGCCCUCCAGCCGCACAGCAGUGGCAUCGGCAGUGGCAGUGGCACUUGCCAUGGGGCUGCUGUGUCUCUCGAGUUCUGAUUCGUUGACGGGGCUGAGUGCAGCGACCACCAGGGGGGGCGGCGGAGGUGGCACCAGGGAGAGAGCAGAGAGUGAGGUGGAGCUGCUGGGCUGGGGCUGGUCUUGGGUGGUGCGGAUUGGGCUGGCGGGCUUAUUGGGUAUCUUGCGGCUCUUGCUGGGCGAGUGGGAGUGUGCGUGUGUGAAGGAGGCAGCUUGUCUGAGUGGGGAGGGGUUGUGCGACUGGUUGCGCGAGACCGAGUCCUCCGGGCCGAUGUCCUCCUCCAAACGCUGAACCUGAGAGAGGGAUGAGAGACACAGAUCAUGUGUGUGUCGCUGUCGUGUCUUGUAUGUGCCACUCGUGAUGGCUCACGAAUUGAGUGUGUUGUUUGAGGGCCUCCUUGACGAAGGCCACGGCCCUCCCCUUGCCGUAGUGCUUCCUCCAUUCGUCGUAGAGGUCCUCCAACUCCUUCACCCACGCCCCCAGCCGGGCACCCACAGUCGGGGGAAGAAUGUCCUGAGUGAUGCACACACGCACACACGCACGCAGCCACAACGACAGAGACACAACAUACAUAAUAUGAAGGCCUCCCUGCACCCAUACCCACAUGCACCCACACCUACUUGUGUGGCGUCGUCAGUUCUCUGCUGGCCACCUCCAGUGGUCUGUGUGUGCUGCACCACCGUGGCGUAGUCCUCCGCCCCGUGUGACGACGACCUCCCGGAGACCGAUGACGCAGGCGGCAUGUGGCUCGCCACGACAUGAGAGACGAACCCUGCAGCACGGGUGACAGACACACCGAUUGAGCCACAUGGCAAUCCCAGUGUGCUCUGAACCCCCCGUACUCACCUUGCUGCAGAGCACUGAGAACAGCCACGCCGCUUUCGAUGUAUCUACGCUCCAGGAAGCCCCGCACCUCAGGCCUGCUGGCGUCGGGGUGGUCGUACACGGGGGCGGGAGUGGGCAUUGGCACGGGCGCUGGCUCAUCGGUGGACGGCUCAGACGCCGGCGGGGCGUCAGGCACUGCCGCCGACGAUGCGGGAGGGGUGGACGGAGGGCCGGUGGACGACGGGCCACGCUCAACCGAUGGGGCUGCAACACAAAGGGGGCCAGAUGAACUUGGUUUCACACAUGGAUGCGAUGGCGCUCGGCCUGUCUGUUUGUGCUCACUUUUCGGUCGGCGGGAUGCCCGAUUUACGUCACCGUCGGACAGCUCGGUAUCGAUGCGGAGGAAGGAUUUGUUGGCUCGGCGUGACAACUUGGACUGACGCACAAACACGAGACAGACAAGGCGAAUGUGUUGUGGUGUCUGCAGACAGACAUUGUGCAUUUCUUCGAGUGUGUGGCUGUAAGUACCUUUGGGUGUGGUGGGCUGGACGUCGCUCUGUGGCGCAAACCACCACCAUCACGCCGUCCUGCCUCUCGGUCAUUCCACCCGUCUGUGUCCUCCUGACCAUCAUCACACUCAUCUGCAACAGGGAUACCGACCUCCACCAGACAGACAGUAGAUCAAGCCGCUGUUGUCAAGGUCUUCUCCCCCUCCCCCUCCUCCCUCCCUGUGUACCUUCCGAUACGUCGUCCCCGUCGCUGGCUACGAAUGGCGGCAGGAUGUUGGCUCCCUUGGGUGUGGUGCUGGGGCUGGACAGCGGUGCGGGCCACAUGCCAGGUGAGUCGAUGGCCGCACCGUGCGAUGAACCUGCAGCACAAGACAACAGACACAGAAAUGGUCAUCAACAGACAGGAAACUCAUUUCUCCCUGCUGCCCUGCCUUUCGCCCUCACCUCUUGCACUCGCCGCACGCGCAAGGAACAGGCACUUGUCAGCUGCCCUCAGACAGACACAGAACAGCAUUCAUUGCAGAGGCCAUUUCCCUUCCAAUCCACACACAGUUGUGUCUUGUCAGCUGGCACUUACCGCUGCUCCCUGUGACGGUCUUGCGGCGGCGAGGGGACCAUCCACCACCACUAACAUCCCUCAGAUGGACACCUGCGAGCAUACGUACCGAAGAAGGAAUGACACACUCAUCUCAUGCAUCCCAUUAAUGGAAACCCUGUGCCAUCCCGCCCAUCGCGUCCUUACUUCGUAUUUUCCUGCCGCUGGGGGUGCUGACGGUGGCCGCCAGGCGGUCACUCUGCUCCUCCCAGUCGCUGCCAGACUCUCCGCCAUCACCGCCACCACCCACGACAGAUGCAUUCGACGCACUCCUGCGGCGGAACGCCCAUUCAUCACCUCCCAGCAGCGCCUGCGUGUCGCUCUCGCAUCGCUUCAGCACAGAGAGCGGUCGGGACGGCACUCCCCGGCCACGGAGGGAUGGGAAGACGCCUCUGCGAUGGCUAUCGUCAGCAGGAGGUGGCUCCGGAGUAUCGGAGGGUGGCUGAGGCGUGGCGCGUCCAUGUGAGCGGGCCUGACGUGAUGCCGGGCUGCCUGGGAAGAAUGUGCUGGCCUCGCUCGUCCUCUGCAGAGGUGUCGAGUGGAAGGGCGAUGUCAU